CGCGAGCGAGUGGAGGCGUGUGUGUCGACAGCCAAUCCGAGUUUACACUGGCCGCGCGAGCGCACAUGUUUACAGGCGACAUUCCGCCGGUACAGCUACUGCAUCUGGAAAACCCGGAUAGAUUUCACGAAGCGGACUGUUUUUCGUACGACAUCCGAUUUGCGGCAAACGAGGAUAAAGUUGCACAUUGCAAACACGCACACAACGGUGGAUGCGAUAGUUAGUUUUCCCAGAUUCAUCUAACUUCUCCGUGUUUAAUCGUCGUCGGUUUAUCGCGUAAAUGUCCGCGGUUUGCAUUGUGCAAGAAACAUUACGUUUGUCGAUCCGAAUCUCGCGCUCCGCUCCUCGUUUUCCACAGCCCGCCAGCUUUAAGGGAACGGCAAGGAAAACAAACAGGUCGACAGAAGAAAGAUAUCGGUUGCCGGUCGGUCGGACGGACGCAGAGGUUAUCAAGAAUAAAUCGCUCGUUUGUAUGUUGUAACGGUGCACCGGUCCCACGUCCUGAACGUGCAAGUGCACGCCAGCGCGACCGUACAUGAACGCGGAUCAAGCGGUAAAAUACGCGGAUGCGCUCCAGAUCUGUGAAAAUGUCGUAUUAUUCGUUCGUUCGACGCGUGAUCAUAUUUGCAGAGAGCAAGGUCUGCGCGUUCGCGUUUUGUGACAUUUCCUGUUUCUAAAUCAACAUUGCUGCACAGCGUGAUAAUACUUGGAGGAUUUCACUGAUACGUGAACUAUGCAUUCUCGGCGACUGGUAAAGCGCUCGGUUAUUGGGAGCCGCGUGUACGCGCCGGGUUUAACGGGAGACGCGGCAACGCUCACGGGAGUCAUCCAGGCUGUCAAACAGGACAACAGAGAUGCUGCAGCCGGUCAUCGGCGCAACGUGUACACGGUUCUUAUGCAAGACGGCAGCUUGAACGAGUACACGGAGGAGGAGAUCGCGCAGAUGACUGCGAAAGCACCACUAAAGUCGAGUUUAAAGAGCACCUGUAAUGGUGGCCAGCGGGACGGGCCCACGGGAGGUCAGAAUGGAGGAGUGCAGAGGGGGGAGGCGCCCUGUCUCAGUCCCGAGAGCGUGGAGGAGCCACGGUUACUGGAGCACAAGCGGACGGGACGAGCGAUGGAGCAAGAGAAGGAAACUACCCGCUCUGUUUCUCUGCUGGAGCAGAAACGAAAGGUGGUCUCGUCCAGCAUCGACGUACCACAAGUCAGGAAGUCAGAGGAGGAGGUUGAUAUGGACAAGGUGACAGCUGCCAUGGUGUUGACCAGCCUCUCCACGAGUCCUCUGGUGCGCAGUCCUCCUGUAAAAGUCAGCGAAGGUCUAAACGGUUCGUGGAAGGAUGGAGGCUUCACCCCGUCCAGCUACAGCAGCAGUGGAUAUUGGAGCUGGAGCGCACCCAGCGACCAGUCGAACCCGUCCACGCCCUCCCCGCCCCUGUCCGCCGACAGCUUCAAACCCUUUCGGAUGCCCAGCCUCAACGGCCCGCCGGACGACAACAUCAACGAAGACGACGGGAACAGCCUGCUGUUCGACGAACCCAUCCCCCGCAAACGCAAGAACUCCAUGAAGGUGAUGUUCAAGUGUCUGUGGAAGAACUGCGGGAAGGUCUUGAGUACGGCUGCUGGGAUCCAGAGGCACAUUCGAACCGUCCACCUUGGGCGGAACUGUGACUCAGAGUGCAGUGAUGGUGAGGAGGAUUUCUACUACACUGAGAUUAAACUCAACACAGACUCAGUGGCCGACGGUUUGAGCAGCCUGUCUCCCGUCUCCCCGUCUGUGCUGUCCCCCCCACCGACUCUGGACCAGAGACCGCCGGACGGGACCAACGGAGCGAAGAGCGAAAACAGCACCACCACCCCUCUCAGUCGCUCCGCUCCUAGUGCACUCUACCUAGUGCACGCAGACCACGCCUACCAGGCCACCGCCCCAGUCACCAUCCCCUCCACCAGCACCACUGGCUUCACCCCAUCCAGCAGCAGUUUCAGUAUCUCCUGGCAGUCCCCACCUGUCACAUUCACUGGCACUUCUGCUUCACCAACCCACAGCCGGACGCAGGGCUCGGGGGAACAGCGCUCUCAGACCAUCGCAGUGAUCUCAUCUCCCCCCAGAGCCGCAGGCUCACUCAGUAGGAAGUCACGUGGUGAGGGGAAGAAGUGUCGUAAGGUCUACGGGAUGGAGAACAGAGACAUGUGGUGCACGGCCUGCCGUUGGAAGAAAGCCUGCCAGAGAUUUGUCGACUGAAACAGCUGGGACAUGUACACAGGGUGGGCUCUCCUUGCAUGCACAGCAUAAUGACAAACUUUCCUUUUCUUUGUUACUGACCACAGCCCCACCCUGCUUCACCCUAAACCCAUGAGGACUCAGGGGUCAAACCCCUCAUACCUUCACUCUCAACAGACGCACUGUCUCUUUCUCUCUCUUUGAAGAUUCCCAACUCUCCCUUUGAGGCGAAAUGCUUUGCACUGCAAAAAAAGGAAAACCUUUCAAGUGAUUUAUCUCUUUUUGUUUGUGUUUGAUAUAUAAAGUGUUCUAGUCAGUUCCUGGAGGACCAGCCAUGGCAAGACCAGCUGCUGUCCGAACUUUUUAAAGAGUUGAAUACUCUCUUUGAGACUGAGAAAAUGGAGCAGGGAUGUUUUUUAUGGGCACGUCAGUUUUUCUCCCGCCCAUUUUACUAAAGGUUAAGGGUUGGACAGCCCGAAAACCCUGCUUCUCUUCAAGAAUGUACCACCACAGGGGUUUGCUUUAGGGUUGGCGACUAGACGGCUCUCCUGAAUAGGAAUUCAUCAAUGCAAAAAAAAAGAUACGGCAGGCAAAAUGGAUUGGUUUUAUUCCAAUAGGACGUUUCUUUCAGGGAUGCGAAAAGUACCAGCAGUUAGAUUUAACAGCAGAGAACUCAGUGGUUUUCGUCACAGGAAUAUCUUCUUGCUACCAAAAAGGGUUUUUUUACGUGCCAUUUUUUUGCUUUUGUGUGUAACUGACUACACAAUAAAAGACGUUCAUUCAACUCCGUCGGCACAGACUCGCGCCGGAACUGCAGCCGGCGGAGAAACAAACUUAUACGAGAGCCAUACGCAAACCCACAACUCUGCGAAACGCUUCGUUUUUACCUCCUGUAGGUGAAGAGCUCUUUCUCUCACCUUUAUUUGUUUUUUUCUUCUGACCUCAAUGGCUCAAGUAGGAAGUAAUAAACAAAAGCGAAUGCCACGCCCAGUUCGCCACAGAGCACCAAUCAGCACAAGCUAAUGCUGAUCGACAAGCCAGAAGUGAUGAUUGUGAGUUUUUGUUAUUUGUCUGAAGUAGGUACAGUGUCAGUUGUGAGGACACGUGAUGAUGGCCGUCUCGAAGGAUGGCCAGGAAUGAAGAUUGUUUCUUUGGUCCUGUGUGAUGUCAUAGAUUACGGCAGCUCGCUUUUCAGAUAUCUGCCGCUGUUUUGUGGCCCUAAUACGUAACUAACACAUCAUACACAUCCUUAUUGUGAUUAUAUAUAAGCUUCUGUUUGCUCAUCACAUGAUUCUAUUGCACUCUGUAUGUAUAAAGGUAUAUGGUCUCGGUUUCUCCAAAGAGAAAUGUUUAAACUUGUAUUUGACUCCGUUUUACUGUUAGAACAGAGAGAAAUAUUUAUGUGAAAAUAUAUCAGAUCCACGAUAAAGCAUUAUGCGUUACGUUUUUUCAAUUUUUCUAUAUCCGCCUUCCCUGAUAGUACACAUACAGUACAUCUGGCAGACAUCUAUUUGAUGUAUUUACAUCUGCAAGACAUUUUUUUUAUGCAUUUACAUCUGCAAUACGUCUCGGAGACAUCUGUUGUCAGAUGUCAUAUAGACCUCUAGAAGAUGUCCGUAAGAUGUUCAUGAUUUAGAAUGUAUGUAAAACUGCUCUUUCUUAGAUGUUUAUCAGAUGUUUUUACGCAGCAGAUGUUUUCCAGAUCUUUAGCAGACAUCUUACAGACAUACCUGUCCUGUGCUAACUGGGUUUGGUCAAACAGAACAGAUAGCCCCGCCCCUCAAAUUUACAUCACUGAUGCCACGUGUUUACAUUCUUCAAAGAAAGCAACAUAGAAAGACUUAUAGUUGUAUCCUCAUAUUAAAAUUAAUAAUAGAAAUAAGUUAAUAUUGAAGAACUUAACGCACUUCAGCUUUAAAAAAUGUAUCCAAAAACAUUUUACCUUUGAAAUGGCUGAACUGCCGCUGGUCUUGUAUGUUAAAAGUGUAGCCUAUACUUAACUCCACAAACUUUAUAUGUUCAUAUGCCAUCAAUAAGUAUUGAAGCAAGAUAUAUUUGACUAUUUCUUCAAACUGAUCUAUAAUUUCCUUUUAUUCACGUUCUGUUGACAAAAUUCAACAAUUAUCGCAAUUGAAAACGUCUCCGGCCCUUGUGUUAUAUCAUGAGACUGGAUGCACGGUUAUGUUCAAGCCCCACACCAGCACCCAAGGGCUCCAGCGCUCACAUCAAAUCAUCCAAAACUGGAUUUAAAAGAACUAUUUGUGGAAAAAAACCAAUAGCUGCCAAUAUUGUCCGUUUAGCUGGUGUGAGGAUGGUCUCAGAGGCUGGUGCUUCCCUCCAUUCCCAUCCUGGUGCUACCAAAGGGUGCGAGACAUCUCAAUGGAGGUUUUAGGUAUAAGCUGAUGUUUCCAAUUGUUUACACUGUAUAAAUUGGGGAAACUCUUUCCAUCAUGUCUGGAAAUUGAAGUAACUUUUGGGCACAAGUAUCGGGUGCUAUUUGGAAGAUAUCCCAGAUGCGCUGGAAUAUAACUAUACAUUUUUCACUUAAAAUACAGUAUGCUCUUGCCUCGGAUAAGAUGACUUUACCGUACACAAAAUUACAGUACUAAAUGUUAGUUUGAUUUCCAAUGAUGUAUCACACACGUUACUAUAGUGCUUAUGUAUUGGCUGCAGUUUUGUUAGGCCAGGGUUCAGUAGGGGUGUUCGUUUUCCUGUGCGCAGGUCAUUUUAUCGAUGAAAAUAAAAAGCUACACAAGACGCUUAUCAGCUACGAUGUGAAUAUGUUGUUUUUCAGCCAUGCUUGUUCAUCUAUUUAGAGUACAGUAUCGCCAACUUACACAGGUUAAACGCUAUAUGAUGUACCUACAAUACUUACAGUAUAAGCUACCUAGUAAACAGUUAAACAGUAUUUACUGCUGCUCAUGAAUAUCAACUUUGGUCCACGUUUCAUAGUUACGCAGUACCGAGUACACCGUGAUCUGCGGCUUUAUUGCUCGCUGGCUUUAGCUUAAUGGUCUUCUCUGGUUCGAUGUCAACAUACAGUAUACAGUAGGUAAUAACCAAGAUAUUAUGAUAUUAUUAUUAUUACUCAACGUGUAACUUUUUUUUACUGUUGAUCCAUAUUUUAAGCUACUUUAGCACAGUUUUAUAGGUGUACAGAUUCAAGACAUGCUUCCUGUUUGACAUUUUUAACCCGGGCCAGAGUUGUAACAGUUUGUAAUUAUGAUAGGUUAGCCACUUUUAAAGACGCAGUACGCUUGCAGAAAGGUUUUGCCGUCUCUUCUGAACAGGUUUGAAAGCUACCCAAAAACGAACAUUUGUUGUUAAUUUACUCACCUUUACGCCGUCCGAGACGAGGGUGACUUUAUCUUUAGUAGAAGAGUAAGGAUUUUAAGAGUUAUUUGGUCCUUGGUGAUUCAUGAAAUGCAGUUCCUGAGACGCCACAGAUGCUAGCAAUGCAAAAAUCUUAUUUAAACUCAUGCACGUAUAUGUCUAGUUGAGGGUGAGGGAAUUAACAGCAAAAUCUAAUUUUACGGUGAAUCAUAAAUAGGAAUGCACAAUAUUAUCGGUACGACGAAAGUGGCUCAUAAUUAAAAUAUCGGUAUUGGUAUAAAUAGAGAUGCACAAUAUUAUUAGUACAACAAUAUUAUCGGCCGAUAACGGCCAACAAAUAAAAUAUCGGUAUUUGCCCGAUAUUAAAAAUUAUGCUGACAUUCUUUGCUGAUACGCAGAUGAGUUAAUUACAUUUUAGAAUCAUUAUCCAAGGCAAGCCUGCCAUGAUGCCUGUAUUGAUGCCUCUUUAAAAAUAAAAAAGUGAAUACACAAAAUAUUUGGGUUUCUUAAAGAUAUGAAAAUAGCAAUAUACACUUAUAUAAAAUAACUUUCUUAAUCUUAUUCUUUUCUUAAUCUUUUAUUACAUUCUAACACAUAUUUACAAAUGAAACCUCGGACUCUCAAAUCACAAAAUAAAUAUAUAAAUACAGUUUUUGGUAAAAAAUGUUCCCUCUCUUUGCAUGAGAGGAAAAGAAGACAUGUACACCUACACUAUGUAUCGGUCGGCUAAAAUGAGCUGAAAAAUACCGGCAAGGCGAAUAUCUGCAAAAAUGCAAUAUUGUGCAUCCCUAAUUAUCGCUUUAAUCUGAUUAAUCAGAUAUCCAUAUGUUUAUCACUGGCAUCAUUGUUGGACUCGUGCAUAAAUAUUGGUUCAGUUUGCAUAUCCCAUGACCCAAUGCAAGGCCGUGCUGACCGCCUUUGCACGAACGGAGUGCUUCAUGUAACUCCAAACUACAACUCAGCAAUAGCCAGAUGGCAGAUGGGCCACUCACUAGUCUGCUUAUGUAACUGUGUGUACUUGUGUGUAUGUUUGUAUGUCGAGCCACAAACAGCAAGCGUGAGUGGAGGCCAUUGACGGUACGGGACGAUGUGGAAAUAAAGCUACGUCUGCAGAAAUUACUAUGAGGUGGAUCUUGCCGAGAGGAAAUAUCCAGACUGCACAUUUUGCUGUAUUUUUAUAUAUAAAACAGCUCCACCCGGCUAGAACUUUAGUCUCUGUUGGAGAGUUUUUAAUCCAAGCUGUCAUCCGAGUGCCUUGUAAUAGGCAUGACGGUGUUGACGGCGAUCUGCAAUGCAUACUAACAACAAAAUAGCUGCCGGGUCCCCGUAGCGCAUGAUCAGGUCGUGUCUGUCCAGACUGCUUAGUUCAGGGGCGGAGAAAGGGGGACCCGAAAUGUUUUUUGUUGUUUUCCGUGUAGGGGGAGUUGAAUCUCUCCGAACUCUUUCAGGAAUGUAUUUGUACGAAGGAAUACUGGAGUCUGACUGUGCCUUGGCGAGGUAUAAUACUGUGCGUAGAGACGCACAGAAAGCAAAGGAAUGUUUCUGGUGUCGGCUUGUCUGAGUUCAUUACGUCUGGGUAUAAACGUGUGGGAAUGGAAGCCCCUUUUUUACUUUGAGCAGAUUUAAGGUCUAGCGUUUGCUUUCUUUCAGAUAGUCUUUUGAUGAAUAUGAAGCUUAGGGAUGGAGGGGGUGGGCGUUUUUUUACCAGUCGUGCUUUGUAAACGACUUUCAGCUACAGUUUUGUAGUUGUUUUUCAUCUCCGGCUUUGGAAACAGCGGAAAGCAUUUAAUCAACAUUUCAGAGUCUGUUGAUUACGGCUGUGUUUUAUAGAGCGGGGAAAGUUUUUCUUGCAAGAUGCUUAAACAGUGAGAUCAUUCAUUAUUCUCCGAGAUUAAAACUUCAGCCAAACAGAGUAGAUAGGACUGUGUAGAAACGACUGUACGGUUAUGAAUGACUAACUUGAUUAUAUUCAGAUACAAAUUUAUGAGACCACCUGCAGAGAAAAGUAUGCUUUCAGUCCUAUUCGUACAGACAAUACAAAUGUUCCUAAAUCUAGCAGGCGAUGUUAAACUCUUAAUUUUGAGAUACUUAAUAUUUAGGCAGAAUUGCUCAUAUAAUUUACAUACAGGGCAAUUCCUGAAUAAACAAUGAUGAGCUUGGAGAAAAAAAUGUAAAGUGAUAGUUCACGCAAAAAUGAAAAUUAUGUCAUCAUUUACUCACCCUCUUGUCAUUUCAAAACUGUAGGACUUUCUUUAAAAUAUCUUCUUUUGUGUUCUGUAGAAGAAAGAAUGUUGGUACCCAUUCACUUCUAUUGUAUGAUAAAGGGUACCUCCAUUGUUCGGUUACCGACAUUCUUCAAAAUAUCUUCGUUUUUGUUCUGCAGAAGAAAGAAAGUCUUACGGGUUUGAAAUGACAAGAGAGUGAGUAAAUGAUGACAGAAUUUUUACUUUUGGGUGAACUAUCCCUUUAAUACGAAACAAGUUUUUAGGACCUUAAGAUAACAAAGAGCAACACAACUUGUUAGGUUUUUGAACAGAGCUAUUGUAACUCUUUUCUAUGUCAAUUAGAUACAAGUCAAAAAUUGUAAAUGUAUUUUACAUCUAAAAAAAAAAUCAACAGAUAAGCCUUCGAGAAGCUCUCUGAAUGGAUUAUCUCACUGCUGACCAUUGUCAAUCAAGAACCAUGUUAACCUCAAGAACUCAAAGACUGUCGCACAGGAUUUUUACACUUUUUCAACUAUUUGCUGAUCUAACUGUAUUUUUUAAUACUGCAUGUGCAUGCCGAAAAGAACAUAAAAUAUCUGAAUGUUGUUUGUGAUGUUUUAUCUGUGUAAAGAGACGCAGGGCAGGCAGGCUGCUGUUACUUUAGGAAUAACCUCUUUCAAAAUGUGUUUGUUUCCAUCACACAGCAUCUUUAAAUAGUGCCCCAUUUUAAGGGCUUUUCCCUCUUGUGAAAUGGCUUCAUUCCUCAAAGAAACAGAUCACCGAUAAAUUUCCCUCAUGAAAUUCCAAACUGGACUGAAGAACCGUUUAAACGUUGCAUUGGUUCUUGCAUAUUACUUGAGUAAAAAAAUGUGUAUUUUCAGAGAUUUCAUUUUUAUUUGGUUUCAAUUCAGGGAGUUUCAAACUCCUACAGAUCAAGCUUAAGCACUUAAACCGAAUCAUUUAUAAAACCAUUUUAAGCGAAAUACUAACGCAAAUGUCCACCCUGUUAUGCACAAACACAUUACAGCUAAAUAGACUAAUAAUAUAAAAUGAUUCCAGUUGGAAUCACAUGAGGGUGUGCAAACAAUGAUUGGAUUGUCUCUUUAAGGGACAGCUUUUGACUCGGAUUAUUUUGCCGCCGUUCUCACACUCUGGGCCACAAGCCAAAUCUGUGUGGUCUCUCAUAAACCCGUUCUAUACUUAGCAUGUGCACGCAUCCCCGAUUUUAUAGCCCGUUACAGGGGGAGCCGCCCUAAAAACCAAACGGAUGCUGAUGAUGAAAGAAACGGCUUCUGACCUCAGUAGCAGACGUGAUGAUAACAAAUGCAAUACGUAAGCACUUCAAAAUGAGCGCUACGUAAAGACCAGUUGAGUUGAGAGGGCCAAUAAAUGUGUCUGUUCUUGUUCUGCAGUCAGCCCCAACUGUGCUUUUUUCUGACACCUUUCUGUCUUAUUGUACGUUUUUUUUUGACAUUCCUGGUUUAAGAAGUACGUUGUCUGAUGUUGAAUGAGGGCAUCCGAUGUCCUCUGCACAUGAUGGAAGUCUACUGUGUAAAGAGAUAAAAAAGGAAAACUCAGGAUGUCUUCAUCUUUGCAUGCCGCUGCUAGCAGACGCAGCAGUUACGUUGUAAAGCCAUAAAAGAAAAGAGGUGUUUGGGUGACCCGCGCCAUUUCCCAAAACAAUAACGUCCCAAAUACCACAUAUAUAUAUAUAUAUAUAUAUAUCAUUUGACCAUUAAGCAAUGUUUAGAAUAUAUUCUUUCAGCUGUGUUUUAUUCAUUAUUGCACAUCGACUACAUGUAUUUCAGAGUUUGUUCAAGGAGGGACUUGAUGUCUUUAUGCCACGUGAAAGACAUUGUAGAUCCAGCCUGUUUUUUCAGGCGUUUGAAGAAAGAUGAUAAUGGACUAACCUGAAAUUGGUCGCUUUUAAAAACCGUUUUACAUUGGGCAUAAUUAUUUGAAGAAUCCAAAGAUUUUCUUUCAAAUGAUUGCAGCCCAUCUUAACCUGAUAAACUCUUCAUUCUUGGGUUUUUGAUGCAGACGCCGCGUGCCAGGUUAAGUGUAAGAGUGCAGCACAGAAAUGUCUUCGUCAUCGCUCGCGUGCACUCCCGCGGGGUUUAACCUUUGUAACGUAUCCCUCAAAGCUUUCUUCUCUAUAAAGCCAUUAUAAUGCAAUGAAGCAAGGUUUGAAAACCCUAUCCUUGAUUAUAAUUCCUGCUGAAAGCUGGUAGCCGACAACAAUGAAUUCUUAAUGAAAUGAAAACAAAUGUAGCCCUUUUGUUAAGCGGUGUCAAGCAAGCGUCAGCGGAAAUGAGGGCCUUAAUUAAAUGAUAUUUUCAAUGCCGCUAUAUUUUGUCAGCGUGAGUGUCUAGUCUGUUCAUUUGGAUACAAUUAUGCAAUUUUAUGCUUUAGUGCACAGGUUCACAUGGCAACGUAUAGAAAUCCUAAUACGACUCAAAGAAAUUAUUUUUACACCACACGUCUCGUCUGUGGACUGUAGGGGGUAGUGAUGUUGUCAGAGAUGAUAUUACGUUAUCUGGACUUUAAAUACUGCAAUACAUGAACUGAAAAGCACUUGCUAUGUGUAUUACAAUGUCUUACAAUGUUAAUGGCACUGUUUGUUUUCUUUUUCCUUUCUUUCCUCUUUCCAAUGUUGAAAAGAUCUUCACCUCCUAAAGGAGGAAACACUCGGUGACUGUUAUUCUUCUUCUCUUUCACUUGCUGGCUGUACUAGUUUUUACUCGGAGCUCUGUGUGUAAAUAGAAACUGCCAUUGUAAUUGUGCUACAGUGACAAAUGUUGUGGUGCUUGUCAGUGCCGCUGUUGUUUAUAUUGAUGAAUAUGGGGCCUGUGCUCUUAACUGUCACAGAAAAAAUAAAAACGGAUUUUUCGGCAGCUGUUUACUAUACGAUGUGUGCCGGUGUGUU